AUGGACCCUAAAGAAAGCAGCAAUCCAUCCGCAGUGAUGACGAGCACCUUUACCAUGGCUAUCUCUCAGCCAAGUAGUAAUCAAAAACCAGGAGCUGAUCCGCCUCGGAGUUUAACAUUUGAUGCUUCCCACGAGGAAUGUCCAAUGGAUCGCAGGUCCCACCACCGAGCGAGUUAUUCUGUCGAUACAGGGAACCCUCACUCGCGGCAGGGCUCAGAGGAUCCUGAGGAACUGACCAAACGUGGAGUGAUGGUCACUGAUAUAGACCAAGCAAUAAUUGAACAUGACAACAAGAUGAUGGCCCGUAUUAACGGUUUGAAAUCCCAAAAACUCGAAGCGUCUCUCCCCACAACUACCACCACAGUGAUCUCACCCCUGACGCCAGAUGACUUAAAUGAUUAUGGGGAAACAUUUCCGAAUGUUACCACUCCACCAAGUAAUAAUACAAACUCAUCAGGUAGCAGUUACCAGAAAUUACUACCUAACAAGGGUCUGAGAGAAGGCUAUGAAGUACAUUCAGAAGGUGAAAGUGUUGAUCUCAAUGGUACAAUAAUGAAUGGUGCUGGAGCAUCGAAUGCUCAACUGGCACGUCUCAAUUUAAAAGAAUAUAUCCAUUGGCCAAAUGAAAUUCCGGAUAAAUUGAACUUCAGCCAUUUGGAAGUCUUUCAAGGUCAGAUGUUGCUCCAAUGGCUUAGUUCUGGCCUUCAAGAUGACAAUGGUGACAACAGACGUGGCCCCUUAUUGCCCCUUUCACAGAGUUUAAGCAAGUCUGAGCAGCGAUUGCUGACCACACAGAUCUGCACCUACCUAAUGGCAGCUGGGGUUAUUAAACAACUGGACACAACACAAGAGACCAGUACACUCUUUAAGGUAACAGGCCAGAUAAGCCAAAUUCUAUAUUUGCUCUCCUCCCCUCCUAAACUUACUGUGGUCACAAUUCAGCCCUGGAAAUUCCAAAUUCACACCCUGGGGGUGAAUUUCACCCCUGUUGGGAACCCCCUGAUCUAG